AGGCAGCUGAGGGAGCGGCAGCAGCAGGGAUGGUAGGCGGCUGCUGGUUCUGUUCAGUUCUGAGGCAGCAGGGGUCCGACAGCAGGGGGCGCAGCGGGAGCCGGUCCUGCCACUGGGAUUACACAGCCCUGCCACCUCUCUGACUCCAGCACCGGAGUGCUGCCAGCCGGCACAGCCGCCAGCCGGCACAGCCACCAGCCCAGCCGUCCUUUAAAAUUAGGUGUCACAGCAAUAGCGUCAUCGGCUGCUGCUCGGUGAAUAAUCAUGCCCGUGGACUGGAGGAGGCAAGGCAGCGCUGGAAUUAAAACGUGUGAAGAACAAAGUGUGCAAAAGAAGAAGAAGCAGGGCGAGCGCAACCCCUAAAGAGACCCCUCGUGAUUGGCGCCAUGGACCACACAAGUCCGGGCAGCCUCCGCCGAUGAGAGGACUGCGCCGAAAGAUGGAGGUGCUGGUUGACCUCUGUUUCCGCCGCUGUCCUCGCCAUCCCCUCGCACAAAUCCCUUAGUUUCAUAAUCCUUAGCUGUUGGUUUUGUAAGAUUUGGCUGCCAAGAAUGUGCCAACGACAACAAGUGUGGCCUAAAUGAGCUUCCCCCCUGUCUCAAGGAGCUGGACGCACUCGCAAAUGCAGUACAACGUGCUGGCGAAGGAUGUGACCGAUGAUUCAGGGCAUUCAGUUCAGAGACUCCGUCAGUAUGGAACAGCAGACAAGCACUGCACUGAUUCAGAUUUACGACAACACCUCUGAGCACUUAAACGCAUCGUUCGGAUACAAUGCCACAGAUCUGCAGGACACUUCCGACACCUACGAGUUCUACAUCAUUGGCCUUUUCCUCUCCUGCCUCUACACCAUCCUCCUCUUCCCCAUCGGCAUCAUCGGGAACAUCCUCAUACUGGUGGUCAACCUCAACCACAGGGAGAAGAUGACCAUCCCCGACCUCUACUUCAUCAACCUGGCGGUGGCGGACCUCAUCCUGGUGGCCGACUCGCUCAUCGAAGUCUUCAACCUCAACGAGAAGUACUACGACUACGCCGUCCUCUGCACCUUCAUGUCGCUCUUCCUCCAGGUCAACAUGUACAGCAGCAUCUUCUUCUUGACGUGGAUGAGCUUCGACCGCUACGUGGCGCUCGCCAACUCCAUGAGCAGUAGGCCUUUGCGCACCAUGCAGCACGCCAAGCUCAGCUGCAGCCUCAUCUGGAUGGCGUCCAUAUUGGCUACACUGCUGCCGUUCACAAUUGUGCAGACGCAGCAUACGGGCGAGGUGCACUUCUGCUUCGCCAACGUCAUCGAGAUCCAGUGGCUGGAAGUGACCAUUGGGUUCUUGGUGCCGUUCUCAAUCAUCGGCCUCUGCUACUCCCUGAUCGUUCGCAUCCUCAUGCGGGCGCAGAAGCAUCGAGGUCUAUGGCCGCGCCGGCAGAAGGCUCUUCGGAUGAUCGUGGUGGUGGUGCUGGUGUUCUUUAUCUGCUGGCUGCCAGAGAACGUCUUCAUCAGCAUCCAGCUAAUCCAGGGUACCGCCAAUCCCUCACAGCGCAGCGCCACGACCUUGUGGCACGACUACCCUCUGACCGGGCACAUCGUCAACUUGGCUGCCUUCUCAAACAGCUGCUUGAACCCCAUAAUCUACAGCUUCCUGGGAGAGACCUUCAGGGACAAGUUGCGGCUCUUUGUCAAGCAGAAAGCCAGCUGGUCUGUGGUCUAUCGCUUCUGCCACCACACUCUGGACCUCAACAUCCCGGUCAGGAGCGAGUCAGAAGUAUAGGACUAAGGACUGAGAACUAAGGACUUCACGGCAGUCUCAGAGAGACCUUUUUCAAGUUUCCUGAACUCUCCUUUUUGAGAUGUUCCUUGAGAAGAACCAUAGGGAUGUUCUGCAAGAGGUAACCCUGGAUCUGUGGAACUGUGGAUCCCAAUGAAGACGCCCUUAAAAAGACUGUACUCUCUGUGCAACAGGGGGAAAAAGGGUGGAGACGCGUACCCACCAACCGACUGAGGGUCACAACUGACGGUUCAUCUUACAAAAGCAAGCGCCGAAGAAGCACUAUGUUUGGAUUAUAUCCAGCAGAGCGUAACCAAUACUCAGUGGAACGAAAAAACAAGGAUUAUUCAGGGUAAUUCUUUGCAAAGAUGUUGAUCUAACGGAUUAAAUAGCAAAGAAACAAUGACCUGCUUUUCUAAAAUAAACUUUUUAGGUAUCGAAAACAUAUUAAUGUAUCAAAGCGACGAAUUUUAUACUCCAGGACGGCCGUGCUCAGUGAGCCCAUGGUAAGGGAACAAAUUAAAAGACAUCAGAGGACCUGUGAUCCAUUUCUCCUGUGGUAUGUAGUCUCGUCUUCAGGUAUCUGUUGCACUGUACAAUCCUCCUUAUCAUUGUCGUUACACUUUACACAGGCCACGCCCACACCUCAACCAACUGUGACCACCAAACAUCAUUCAUUUCUAGGCUGAAUAAACAUAUAUUUUGUAAGAUA